AUAAAAUAGGAAGAAAAGAGCGAAUCGAAAAGCAAAGUAGACGGUCUCCUUCUUCUUUUCCCCGUUUGGCAAUUAAGUUUCUCUCUGUCCAUCACAAAAAGGCACAUUUGGUUGAUUUCAGCAAACAAAUGAUUUUUGUUUUCUUUUGGAGGUUUUGUCAUCAAUUUUUUCUGAGAAAUAUAUAAAAGGAGGUGAAAUUUGAUGCCAACAACUCAUCGAUUGGCCUGCAAAUUUGCCGUCGAGGGAGCGGCUUUGUUCUUGGUCUUAGCGGCGACGACAAUGGCGAGCGAUGGCGUCAGCGGAAGUCCCAGUUGGGUCGCCUAUGAGCCAAACAAGGAAGCCGCUACUCUCCCUCCUCCUUUAGAAGGUUCCGACAGCGGUGUCGGCCGGACUUUCUCCCCGCUCGUCGUGGCGGUCGUCGCGGUCCUCGUCGGCGCGUUUCUGCUCGUCAGCUACUACACCAUCGUCACCAAGUACUGCGGCACCUUCGACACCCCGUGGCGUCGCUCGGAACACGAGCUCUACGACGAUCGCUGGCGGGAAGAAAGAUGGGAUUUUUCGUCUUCGGACGGACUCGAGGACGCCUCGAUCUCCAAAAUCCCGGUCCGCAUCUACAGCUCGAGCGGCGACGGCACCGUCGGCGCCGCCGAUUGCUUGGUGUGCCUGGGAGAGUUCCGCGAGGCGGAGCGCCUCCGGUUGCUCCCCCUCUGCGGCCACGCCUUCCACCUCCGCUGUAUCGACGCGUGGCUAAAGGCGCGCGGCAACUGUCCUCUCUGCCGAGCCAACGCCGUGUCCGACGCCCCGCCGCAGGGAGAACCAGUCGACGCCCACGACAAUGAGGCGGCGAUAUUCGUCGGAGGCGACGAGCUCCGAGCCAUGAAGCGAUCGAUGUCGAUGGAAGUGGCGCGUGAGCAGCGCGCCAUGAGCUCUGUUUCCUUGAACCGAUCCUUCUCUGCCGGAAGGUUCAAGGGAGGAAAUUUGACGCUUCCUUUAUGAGAUCACUCAAGGCAACACACACGAACAGGGUACAAACUACAAAGUGAGAAGAAAUCAUCAAAAUUGUUAAUGAUCGUUUGUAAUUGGUAAUUGAGUGGGAAAAAAAAUCGGAUUAUGAACUCGCAAAGAAUUUUUUUUUGUUCACUUUAUUAUAGAAAGAAAAAUAAAAUCUCUAUGAAAGGUGCAUACACAUCGACGAUAGAAAGUCACAGUAGUGCACGGCUACAGGCCGUAACAGUAGUAGUAUAUAUUAUCUACAUAAAAGUGGAG